GGAGGACACACAAUGCGUCGCCGUAUCGAAGACAUUUGUUGUUAAAUAACGGUGGAAGUGAAACUGCGAUCUCUCUCUCUCUUUCACUCUUUCUCCGAGAACAAAAAAAAAAAACGUGAUUCGCUCUUCUCUUCGAAUAAACCACAAAACCAACAAACGAGAAGAGGAGUGAGAGAAGAUGGGGUUGUCGUUCACGAAGCUGUUCAGCAGGUUGUUUGCGAAGAAGGAAAUGAGGAUUCUGAUGGUAGGUCUCGAUGCUGCUGGUAAGACAACCAUCUUGUACAAGCUCAAGCUUGGAGAAAUCGUCACCACCAUCCCCACCAUCGGAUUUAAUGUUGAGACUGUGGAGUACAAGAACAUCAGCUUCACUGUGUGGGAUGUUGGUGGUCAGGACAAGAUCCGUCCUCUGUGGAGGCAUUAUUUCCAGAACACUCAGGGUCUCAUUUUUGUGGUUGAUAGCAAUGAUAGGGAUCGAGUGGUUGAGGCAAGGGAUGAGUUGCACAGGAUGUUGAAUGAGGAUGAACUUAGAGAUGCUGUUUUGCUUGUUUUUGCCAACAAGCAAGAUCUUCCUAAUGCAAUGAAUGCUGCAGAAAUAACUGACAAGCUUGGACUUCAUUCACUCCGUCAACGCCACUGGUAUAUCCAAAGCACUUGUGCAACUUCUGGAGAGGGUCUCUAUGAGGGUUUGGACUGGCUUUCUAACAACAUUGCCAGCAAGGCAUGAGACAUUUGAAAAAUUUUGGUCUUGUCUGGUGAUUUCCUGCUGAGUAUGGCGGUUCUUGGAGAAAGAUGCUUAUCCUUUCUUGUCAAUGUUGUAAUAGCAGAAUGCUUGCUAGAAGUAUUCUCUUCUUUUGUGUAACUUGGGUUUGUAUGAUUGCUUAAAUUAGCUAAUACUUUUAGCUAUAAUUGGAACUCUUGGACCCUCUUGUGCGUGCCUUGUUUGUGUUCAUUUUGUUAGUUUGAUUUUUGGUUGAAUAUUUCCGUGCGUUUUGUUCUUGGAGUGCUGGUUGGUGAUGAUAGUUGAAUGAGGAUUAGAAAAUUGCGCCAGUUUUUGCUCUUGGGCCAAGAGUCACCUGUUCAAAUAUUGUCUUUGCGAAAUUCCAGUUCAGAUAGACUUGGUACCUGUUUGUUUUAAA